AUGUCCGAAAUGGGAAUUGACCAGUAUGAGCCAGAAAAAUGGCGCAAUUUCAUAGAUUCAAGCAAAACUAGCUUGAAGGCAGUUUUACUGUAUGAAAAUAGCACUAUAAAACCGGUGCCAGUUUUAUAUGCAAUAAAAAAGAAGGAAAAUUAUGAGACAAUGGGGUGGAUUUUAAAAACUCUAAAUUACAGUUGUCAUGGAUGGCGUGCCUGCUGCGAUUUGAAGGUGGUAACAUUUUUGCUGGUAUGCAAUCUGGAUAUACUAAAUAAUGUUGCGCAUUUGGUAAAUAGCCGUUUUUCUGGAAAUCAGUACAAAAAGCGAGAUUGGGAACCAAGAACAUUUACCUCAUUGGGCCAAUUUAACCAAAUUUCACCACCAUUGAUGCACAUAAAAUUGGGCAUAGUGAAAAGUUUUAUUAAAACUCUGGUAAAGCCAAGUCAUCCUGGAAAACAUCCAAGAAAUAUACCUGCUUUUAAUCACUUAAAUACACAUGUAUUCCAAAAUUAUCAUUUGAAAAAGUUGAAGAAGGCGUGUUUAAUGGACCCGAUAUAA